AACAAAACGUCUCCUAGAUACAGAUGAAGAAGUUAAUUUCCGUUGCAGCAUCUCCUAUGAAAACAGAAGAGAGAUCCAGUUGCGGUCCCAAGCUCAAGAGAUGGUGUAAGAGUCGUCGCUGUCAGCUCUGGAGGCUUCUCCUACUCCCCUUCAUCCCCAUCCUGGCUCUCAUCGUCCAAACCACUCUGUCUUUGAAGAGCAGCAUCACAAAUGGAAGGGAUGUCGCUGAUGUGGAAGAACAGGUUAGCAGAGCGACAGAACUAGGCAAGCUGGUGACCAGGCUGCAGCAAGAACGGUCUGAAGUGGCUUUCUUCAUCUUCACCAACGGGAGCACUUUGAGAUCGAAUUUGUCUCAACGCUUCGCUGGAACCAACAGAGCGAUAGUCCAAAUGGGAUCCCUUCCCAUGCUCGUCUUCAAGAACAGGUCCAAACCUGUUGAUGGAGAAGCAUUUAAAACGGAGCUUGAAGAGUUGAGGUAUGUUUUUUGCACAAUGCUACGUGAAGCGAGCAUAAACGCCGGCACUUCAAUGACGGAGGCAGUGGAAUGGUACACCAAUGCCAAUGCGGCUCUGCUGAAUCAUCUCACCAAGGAGAUUAAAGAUACAGAUAGCAGCACUAUAUGGAGAUAUCUCGUCGGCUUCAAAAACCUUUUACGAAGCAUCGAAUGCAAAGGAAUCGGUUCAGUUCUAGGAAUCAAUUAUUUUGCAAGAGGAUAUCUACAGCCACGAGCUUACGAAAGAUACAUAGCCCAUAUGGUGUUAGGGCGCGAUCUGUUGGACAAUACUCUUAAUCUGGUUCCAUCCCUAAUUCCUCUUCAUAAGGACAUCAAAGAAGACAGCAAUGAAUACCAGGACUUGGAGAAAAAGAACCAGCAGAUAGUUGACAAUAAACACCAAGAUGGCAGCGUUGCCGACGCGAUCGAGUACUUCGACCAGACAGCUACGUUCUUGGACAAACUCAGAGCAGUUCAGAAGCAGCUUAGAGAAUAUAUCAGGGAUGGAGUCACAGAGAGUCUUACAGAAGCCAGAAGAUCAGAGGUGGUCUGCGCUGGAAUAUUGAUACUGGUGUGUGUGGUGUCACCGAUCAUAAUAGCACUAGUACGGAACGCAGUCAACACUAUACAGGUGUACGCGAGGAAUUUAGCAGAGAAAGCAAGAGAACUAGAAUAUGAGAAAGAGUUGAGUGAUUCUCUCUUGUAUCAAAUGUUGCCGCCGAGCGUCGCCAAGCAACUGAAACAAACUCAACAGGUCCCAGCUGAGUUUUUCGCAUCUGUGACAGUCUACUUUAGUGAUAUAGUUGGAUUCACGGCCAUUGCUGCUGUUUCCACGCCUUAUCAGGUGAUAAGUUUCCUGAACUCAGUUUACAAAUUAUUCGACGAGAAAAUCGAAUGCUACGAUGUUUACAAGAUAGAAACGAUUGGCGAUUCAUACAUGGUCGCAUCUGGACUGCCCGUGAGAAAUGGGAACAAACACGCUACAGAAGUGGCGAGCAUGGCUCUGGAACUUCUCGAAGCUACGUCGAUGUGCAGGUUACCACAUCGACCUGAUCAGACGCUUUGCAUGAGAAGCGGCAUUCACAUGGGCCCUUGUGUCGCCGGGAUCGUAGGGAGCAAGAUGCCAAGAUACUGUCUCUUUGGAGACACCAUCAACACUGCCAGCCGGAUGGAGAGCACUGGAGAACCUAUGAAGAUACAAAUAUCUGACGAUGUGAAGAGAGCUCUAGACAAAACUGGUUUCUUCAUCACAAGCCCACGAGGUGUAGUGGAUGUUAAGGGCAAAGGUGAAAUGACGACCCACUGGCUUGAAGGCAGGAUCGGACCUUCUCCGGAGAGACCAACCGCCUCAUCCCUGGACUGCACCCCAAGUUUCCUCGCCAGAAUCCAUUCGCAAAGAUCUCCAAGAUACAAAACUGAAACUGGGAAAAAACAUUAGACAAAUCAUAACUCAAGAAUUUAAGCACGAAUACAGGCAUUUGCACUAUAAAAUAUGUGUUCAGCUCUGAACAGUCCUAUACACCGUGAUUUUUUAGUCGUCUUACAAAAGCAGGCCAGUUCAUGUAUCUAAUGACUAGAAUACGUUCAUGAUA